GCCAAAUAGAUUUCUAACUGUGCCCUGGAGAGCUGCUGCUUCUCCAGCUCUGCCCUGCCCAUGAGGCAAACAGCUGGUUGACUGGUUUUUAGUGUUGGUUCUUGGUUCUCACCUUUGUUUCCUACCAGAGCUGGAUCCUGGCCUCAAACUCCAGCCAGCUUAGGCUGUGAUCCUCUGUCCUGGGCACCAGGGCUCCCACUGCCCACCCCAGUAGAGAUGCUGCUUUAUGCCUACAUCCUCCCUCAGCACACGUGGCCUUCAUCUUCAGUUCUGGCACCCUGCUAAUCUGCCUCGUCCUACACGCCACCUCUAGAUAGAGCCCUAGAAAGUGAUGUUGGCCUGAAACUGAGUCAUAUAAACAUUUUCCUAUAGAAAAGACCAGAUCCUGUCCUUGUUGAGAUAGGAAAUCUGUAGUCAGUUUAUGUGUUACCUGCACGCGUCGGGGAGAGGAGGGAAGACCACGAACCUCCUCUUAACAACGAGAAUUCGAGCACCAAGAGGAUGGUGGCCCUUGGCCUCCUGGUGCAGAGCAUCAGUCCUGUGCUGGGAGUGUGGAGAGAUGUGUGGGAAGCAAGCCGUUCUUGAGGAAGUGGGGCCAACAGAGAAGUCAGCAGCCCCUUAGCCCUCACGCUUCCAAGGAACAGAACGAUGGAGAAGCCUGCAGGCAGAAAAAAGACGCCGGCCCCGAGGGAGGAAGCAGAUGUGCAGAAGGGCAUACUCCGAGAGGAGAAGGCGUCCGGGGACAGAAAGCCACCCGAGAGGCCCACUGUGCCCAGGAAACCCCGCACCGAGCCCCGCCUGAGUCCUGAAGACGAAGAGCACAUCUUUGAUGCCUUCGACGCUUCAUUUAAAGAUGACUUUGAGGGGGUUCCCGUGUUCAUUCCUUUUCAGAGAAAGAAGCCCUAUGAGUGCAGUGAGUGUGGGCGGAUGUUUAAGCACAAGACAGACCACAUUCGCCAUCAGAGGGUCCACACGGGAGAGAAGCCUUUCCAGUGUGUGCAGUGCGGGAAAGCCUUCCGGCACAGCUCCGACGUCACCAAACACCAGAGGACUCACACGGGAGAGAAGCCCUUCAAAUGCGGGGAGUGCGGGAAAGCCUUUAACUGCGGCUCCAAUCUCCUGAAACAUCAGAAGACGCACACCGGGGAGAAGCCCUACGAAUGCACGGACUGUGGGAAAGCCUUUGCCUACAGCUCCUGUCUCAUCCGCCAUCGGAAACGCCACCCUCGGAAGAAGCCCUGAGCUGGGGCCGUCUGUGGACUCAGGCCCUACAGUGCGAGCCUCGCUGGCCGCCUGCUCCAUGGCUCCCUCUUGUUCAGCGUCUGGUGGGGGCGCAGGGCCACGUGCACUGUGUUCCGUGUCCUGGGGACCCCCGGAAAAUCAGCCCGGUCAGAUGUGGGAAUGUGCAAACGAGCGAGCGACCUUUCCACUGCAGAGAAUCUCUUUGGAUCAAGACACUGCAGUCAUGUAGAAGCCACCAGAGGCUCCUUGCAGCCACAGACCAUUUUCCAAGUUCCUCGAUGGCUCACGGGGCUCAGCACCAGAGAGCAGGGUGUGUUCACUGCCAUCCAUGGGACGGGUUUGGCUCACCUCAGAGCACCCAGCAGGAGAGGCUCCUGGUGUGGCAGGCGGCCGAGCACUUCCCGCUGCCACCUGUCUGUGAUGUCCUCUCCGCUUAAGCCUCUCACCUGCCGCUGAACGCCCCAGUCUGGACACUCUGCCCUCUGGGUCCCUGAGCUCUGCAGCGAGCCCCAGGACCACUCGUCCCUUCCCGGCCUCUGUGCCCAAACUGUGCUUGGUUCUCUGGCUUCUAUCCUUCUGCUGGAGCACCAGUCCCUGAGCUCAGACCCCGUCCCCGGAACUGGGCCAUACCCCGCGCCCUCUUGGCCCAGCCUUGCUCCCAGAGAGGCGGCCUGACUUACCCGGAUGGACUUGGGACAAAGGUUCCUCGGGACCUUGGACACCAGCACCUGCUGCGCUUCCUGCCCCAGCCACGCGGUGGGGCCCCUGGGGUGCCCUCAGCAGCUUCAGUCCAGCCUGCAUCUGCCCGUUGGCCUUCCGACGGUGGUGGUGGGCCCCAGCCCCACGGACCAGCCCAGUAUUCAGGGCCGAUAGGACGGACCCCCAGAUGCGGAAUGAUGUCUCACCAAAUGCCGGCCCUGGGUCAUGCCCACAGAGACACCUGCAGCAGCGCACAGAUGGCAGGACCACCUCGGCCUCUGUAGGAGCGGGCAGGCUGGUAGAGCAGAUCACCCCCAAAGCAGGAAGUUCCAGAUCAAAUAUGCAUAAGCAGCAACCUCAAAACUAACAAAAAAGAUUCGCACAUUCCUCAGUUCAGAGGAGGAGCAGAGAUUAACAAGAGGAGAAGAAAAGCGCUCGGAAGAGAAGAAAAGGAACCUCCUUCUGUGCAGCAGGCUCCUGGCCCAGGGAGGGCAGUGUGCAGCAGGGAGGACGUCAAAGCCACAACCCAGAAACUUCUCAGGAGCAUGGCGCACCCACGCCAGCCCCGGGCUCCACCUGGACAGCACCUCCUGGGCCGCCCUGACCGGCAGACACCAUCCUCCCAGCCUCUCUUGGCCACCCUGACCAGCAGGCACCACCCUCCCAGCCUCACGCGGCCACCCCGACCAGCAGGCACCAUCCUUUCAGCUUUGCUCGGCCUCCCAGACCAGAGGGUGGCCCUGACCAGCAGGCACCAUCCUCCCAACCCCACUCACCUGCCCUGACCAGCAGGCACCAUCCUCCCAACCCCACUCACCUGCCCUGACCAGCGGGCACCAGCCUCACUUGGCCAGCCGAGCUCUGUGGGCCUCAGAGUGCAGAGGACCUCAAAUGCUGUGACUUGGCUCUGCUGCAGGGACGUGCCAUGGAGUGUCGCUUGUGCGAGCAUUUUGUGAGCUAUGCCAGCAUCUGUCCCCACAGGCCGCGUCCCUGAGCCAUAUUUCAGGAGAGCAGGAAGUGAGCAGGGGAGGGGCGCUGCCAGCCAGCCCUGGGACCAGAGGUCUGGGCAUGCAGCCAGCCAGCCCUCCUCAUCUGGGCCUCUGUUUCCUCUUCGACACGGGGAAGCAGGGAGGGGCCGAUCAGUGACUGAGGCUUGUUGGCUCUGGUGGGGGGUGGGGUCCGCCUGCGUUUCUGGAGAGCCCAUGGACCCCGGAGUGUACCCGGACUUCGUUCCCAGUGACCUCUCCUAUUGGUCCCCAUUUGGGGCACUGAGAUGUGACCGUUUCUUUCCUGUGAAUGAGCUGACAUCAAAACAUGCUGCAGAGGAAGAUAGGCCCUGGGGGCAGCGUCCUGCGCCUCUGCACCAGGAGAAAGACCGUGUCCCCAGGGGAGACUCAGAGCUGAGGUGGUGGCGGGCAGGGCUCCUGUGGAGCUGGGGCAGGGCAGGGUGUCUCUGAGGUCAGUGAGGAACAGCUGAGCCCAGGGAUGCGGGAAGGAUGGAGUGCACUCUGGGAUGGGGCCGGCAGGGAGCCUCGUGCUUACAGAGCCUGGUGUUGGUUUCCUCCGCAAACCCAGCCACAUGGUCAGGGAGCUCGUGCCAAGCAGACGGCCCCCACCUUGACAGAAUCCCAGGGUCAUGCGUGGCAGUGGGAGCGACCUCACAGCCAAGACCGAGCCUAACGCUGCUGUCCCACAGUCACCCCUGCAGGCGGCUCAGGGCAGGGCUCCAGCCUGAUGGGGGUUCCUGGACACGCCUCUGACCUGGCAGCCCCUACCCAUAUCCCUGCACCCCUGCACCUUCCAUGCCUCUCGCCCUGGGGCCCAGUUUCAGGUUUGUGGGGAGUGCAGCACCAUGCUCCCGUGGCCACCACUCAGGCGAGUGGAUUCAGCGAGGGUUUUCAUGUUUGCACCUCUGUCCCCGUGUGCCUGUUUCCUGGUGAGGCUGGACACCUGGCAUGUCCGAACACUCUCAUUCCCCAGGCUGGGUACCUGGCAUGUCCGAACACUCUCAUUCCCCGGGCACGCAUGUGCAGCCGCCGCCACCCGUGUACUACGGCGCUGACCCCUCCUGUAACAGCUGUGGUCUUGGCCUCUCGUGUUGGGGCAGAUGUCCCCUUUCCCACUCUUACUUUCUAUUGUCCAAAACUUUAACUGUCCUGCCAGCCAAAGCUGUUGAGCAUGACUCUGAGACCAUCCAUCCUUGGUAAGUGUCCUGUGCAUCUGGGAUAAGCGUCUGUUUUCAGCUGCGCUUCCUGUGAGUUGCUCUGCGUUUGUCUUCCUCGGUCCGCGUGGGCCGCUGCGCUGGUUCCCAGCCUGCCCGACAUGCUCGCUACGACACCUCCCUUCCCUGCUGCUUGCUGGCUUCUGUGUUCUCUGCAGUAAACAUUGAUUUCUGA